AAACCCAACCCAUUUGCCUGCUCCACAAUUCAGAAUAUCAUGUGAAUGCAGAAAAAGGGUUAAUUUGACAAACUAUCUGGAGAGCAACAAGGGGAAGGGAACACACUCCGUGCCUUUAAUUCUUAUUAUAAACAGUUCUAUGACUGCCUGAAGAGGAAGCUGGAAAUCAUAUCCUGAUGGUCUGCAGUGUGCAGCACAAGGAAUUUAACACUUUUUCCUGGCACUGGCAGAGCGCAUUGAUGCGAGAGACAGACGGGGUCUGACGAGGGGUUGAAGUCUGGGAUUAGAGGGCUCUAUUCCCUGCUUCAGCAAAGGACGUGGGUUCAUGCCACGAAACAGCUGCAGGAUUAUUUUGGACGCGGAGGUGACCAGCACACAGGUCUUCUGAGAGGAGGACUUGUUUCCGAUCCACCCUUCUGGCGGCUUUUGCCUUUCCCCCCACAAGUAUGGAGACUUGGUCCUCAGUGUUGGUGCUGCUGUUACUGAGCCUAGCCAGGCCAAUUCUCUCAGGUCCUGAACCAAUCACUGGACCAAGAUGUACCUACACCUUCAUCUUGCCCCAGCAGAAGUUCACGGGAGCAGUGUGCUGGAGCAGUGUACGUCCUCCCCCUGAACCUCCAGGUCUCAACCGUAGUGAGGUGGAAGAGCUCCAUGUCCAGAUGAGCCGACAGCAGGCCCAAAUGGAUGAACUACGGCGACUGGUAGAGGUAGAUGGAGCCAUGGUGAGCGAGGUUAAGGCAUUACGCAAGGAAAGCCGCAAUGUCAAUGCCCGGGUGACCCAGCUCUACACUCAGCUGCUUCAUGAGAUCCUUCAACGACGAGAACGGCCAGUGCAGACCUCUCUGCUGGAAUGGCGUGUAGCCAAUGCUUCUGCUGAAGCCGCACGGGUGGCCGCCAGUUAUCGUCAACUGGAGGGGAAGUACAAUGCUUUGGCUGCUCUUGUCAACAAUCAGAGUGCCCUCAUCAGCCACCUAGAGAGGGAGUGCCAGCAAGCAAGGACGGGCAGGGAAGUGCCCCCACAGCCACCUUUGGUACCAGUGGUAUCUCACAACCCUGCAAGCACCUCCAAUGAAAGCAGAGGCCACUUUGACACCAUCAAUGACAUCCAGCGAGACCAGACAGCAUCUGCCCAGCACCGGUCUGACAAGGCUCCCUCUCCACUGGAUGACACUCCCCUGCUCCCUGCUGUUGGGCCCACCAAAUCUACAGGGCCUUGGUCUGACUGCCAAGCAGCUCAACAAGAUGGCCAACCCAGUGGCAUCAUCAUGCUACAACCAGCUCAUGCCCAGGGUAUCAUCCAGGUCUGGUGUGACCAGGAAUACGAUGGAGGUGGUUGGACGGUCAUCCAGCGACGGCAGGAUGGAUCAGUCAAUUUCUUUACCACCUGGCAGCAUUACAAGAAUGGUUUUGGAAACCUGGAAGGGGAGCAUUGGCUGGGCCUGGAAUCCAUUCACUUGCUGACCCACCAGGGUUCAUAUAUGUUGCGUGUAUUAAUGGAAGACUGGAGUGGGCGACAGGCUCAGGCUGAAUACAAUACCUUUGCUCUGGAGCCCGAGAGUGACUUCUAUCGGCUCCAGCUGGGAAAAUAUCAAGGCAGUGCUGGAGACUCUCUCUCCUGGCACAAUGGCCGACAGUUCACUACUCUUGAUCAUGACCAUGAUGCUUACUCAGGGAACUGUGCCCAUUACCAGAAAGGUGGUUGGUGGUACAAUAUGUGCGCCCAUUCCAAUCUCAAUGGCAUCUGGUACAAGGGUGGUCACUACCGAAGCCGCUAUCAGGAUGGAGUCUACUGGGCAGAAUUUCGUGGUGGUGCCUACUCAAUCCGUAAGGUGGUAAUGAUGAUCCGGUCUACGCAAGGCAGCUAAGUUGCUCUUAUCCACUGAAAAGACAACAAACCAGACCAAAAUCCAGAUGGAUGUACUUUACAAAAGAAUACACACUGUGCUUUUUUAUUAUCUGACCUCAGGAGAAACAUCUUUAACUAUCUAUGUAAUGCACUGAUUGGCUGAGAGCCUUGUACUUCACAGAUGCCCCCACCCAGUUGCUUCUCAGGCCAUUUUGCAGCUUUCAUAAAAAAUAUUGCUUUUAUCUUUCAUCAAAAGAAGAAAGUGCCAAAGAUAUCUCAAACAGUACUUUAAACCAUUUUAAAAGCCCUUGAAAUCUGGCAAAAAAGAAAGAAAAAGCAUAUCGAGACACCAUGUGGCAGAAAGCAAUAUUGUACAGUAGUAGAAUUACAUUUUAAAAGUAUUUUUUGCUUUUUCCUGAUAGAGUUCUCAUCACCCACCUUUGAGUUGACAAAAAAUGAUACUAGCAUCCAAUUUGCUCUCCCUGUUGUUGCUAGCCCUGCUCCCUGAAAUUGGCCCAGUCCUCCAAAGAAACAAAUUAGAUUUUAUGCAACCCAAGGCUGACCUUGGAAAGUGGCAGGGUAAAGGAAAAAUAUUUUCAUCACCGGAACAAGAAAAGGCAACUUAGAUCUGUCUUAAACACAAGGUGGAGUUGAGAAGGUAGGGCAAGAAAAAAUGUUGCUGGGACUAAUUUGCCUGGUGUUUAAGUGUAUGUGGGGACAUAGUUUUGAAGAUGCACCUUCAUCCUUAUCCUGGCAUUGUGCAAGGGCAAAUUCACUCGAGUGGAGUUCUCCAGCCUGGCUUCAACUGGGAGUCUUGCAAUGGUAAUGAUGUCAUUUCCAACUUGCCUGUAUGCUCUAUACACUUUUGGACAUUAAGAGCUGGUCUUCCUGCCCAGGUUUUACACAUGAAAACUGGAAGUAAAAUGGUCUUCACCAAACAAUGAAGUGGAGGUUGCUUGGAUCACUAUCUUGCUUCCUGGUAAAUAUAUUGUCCUCCCAGGAUUUAUUUUUGAAGGGAUGCUUUUAUCAACUGUACUGGAUCUUUUAACAUUUGAUGUGGCUCAUAUUCUAUUUCCCUUGCCCACGCAGAUUAAAAUUUUAUUUUGAAGAAAAUAAAAUCCUGAACAUAAAAACAUGCAAACACAAAUCUUGCAAAUGAAGACAUAUGAAAUUUAUUACGGAUAACACUGAUUGGUCCACUUGUUUUUCUUUUUCAAUGAUCCUUUUAACCCUUCUUAGAUCCUUAUUCCACUAAGAGGUGCAAGGGCUUCACAGCUGCACAAAGAAAUAUAGGGACAGUUCCUUCCAUUCAGGUGGCCCAAUCACAGCAAAAAGAAGGGAUUCUCAGGCAGAUCUGUGUGUCACCCUAAUAUGAACUCCCCUGUGCAAGUCUUCAUCUCAGUUCCCUCCUAGUAAGAAUGAGAGGUAAAUGCAUAAAACUAUAUUAUACAUACAAUUGAGUCCAGAUCAAGAUGAUUGAUAUUAGAACUUGAGCAUCUAGCAUUCAGUGUCUAUUUUGCGGGAGUGAGGCUCCCACAGAGAUCCCCUGGUACCUGAAACAGAAUCUGGGACAUUUGUCUCUUCAAACCAACCCUUAUGUUUCUUAAAGAACUGCUGUUCCACUUAGUCAUUCCAAGAUAAUGGUUGCAGUCAAGAUAUUGUGAGCUUCUUAACAUCCCCUCAGGCGGUAUAGUAGGCAACUUCUGACUGAUCUUAGAUUAAUAGUAGGUUUACUUUGUUGGUGAAAUCUGAUGUCUUCAUAGGAAAAAUAUUUUAAUUUGCAUUUUAAUAUAUCAGGGCAACCAAAGAUACAUUGCAAUUUUGUUAUGGGCAUUCAUCGCUGAUU